AUGUCUCUCACUACUCGCUUAGCAAAGCCAACUUUGGCCCAGCUUAUAAACUCCUCCUCGCACUCAAAAGUAGUGCCCGCAUUUUUUGCAACAAAAAAAUUCUUUCACAACACCUCCAAACAGAACAACACACUUGAUAAUGUGUCCAACAUACCAUCACACACGCCGGGAAAGCAACAAUUGGAGGUCGCAAAUGGCCCAUCGGCAAUUCCAAGAGCCAAACUUUCCCCUUCGGAGUACCUCACUCCCUUGAAAACCACUGAGCUUUUUUCUUAUGUUUGUAUUGGAGCUGCUACAAUCAACAAACCAAUUUUAGAUCUUUGCAUCAAGCUUUUCCCAUACGUACCGAUGUUUGUUAUUAAGGCCCUAAUCUACAAGCUCUACUGCGGGGGUGAAAAUAUCGAAGAAGUCAAGCAAACUGGAUUAAGAUUGUCUAAAAGAGGCAUCAACAAUAUGAUGCUUUCUCUUACUAUCGAAGGCUGUGAUGGUAACGAUAAAAUUGAACCAGAAUUCAUUGUCUCGGAAACUGCAAAGUCUGUGUCCGAUAUUUUAAUUCCUCACACUUUGGAAAUGAUCCAAAAUUCAGGUAAGGAUAUCAAUUCCAUCCCUCCUGGUUACGUUGCCUUGAAGCCUACAGGAUUCACCAAAAAUGCUGCUCAAGUGUUAAAGGACUACAAGACCGAUCCAAAAUUCGAAGAAUUGGUGGAAAACGCUGCAAAAAUUUGUAACACCAUCUACAACGAAAAUAUUAAAUUAAGCGCUCAAUACCCAGACAGAAUUGCCCCAUUUGUUGUUGGUGUCAUUGACGCGGAAAAAUUCGAUUUACAAGAAGGUGUGUAUGAGCUUCAGAGAAGAUUAUACGCCAAAUUUAACCCUGCUAACAAGCCAGUUUCCGUUGUGGGGACUUUGCAAAUGUAUCUUUCGGGCAGUGCAGAUUUAUUGGCUAAAGAGGAAAAGUUAGCUAUCGAAAACAACUAUCGUUUGGGAUUGAAAUUGGUUAGAGGUGCCUACAUUCACCUGGAAAAGAAAAGAGAAACGGUCAUUCACAAGACUAAAGAAGAUACCGAUAACAACUAUAACCAAGGUAUUUCAUACUGCAUCGAAUCAAUGGAAGCUACCGAAAGGCAAGAUACAAACACUCCAACCAUUGGACAUUUAGUAGUUGCAUCGCAUAACGCAGAAUCCUUAAGAUUGGCAACCGAUAGAUUGAAGAAUGCAUCAGCAAAAUCUCAAAACAGAAGUAACGUUGUAUUGGGCCAAUUGUUAGGAAUGGCUGACAAUAUAACAUACGAUUUAAUUAAAAACGAAAAAGUCGAUAAUAUUAUUAAGUACGUCGCAUGGGGACCACCAUUGGAGACCAAGGAAUACUUAUUGAGAAGAUUAGAAGAAAACGGGGACGCCGUAAGAGCUGAUAAUGGAUUCGGAUUGAUAAAAGAAGUGUGUAAUGUGUUAUUUAAGCGCUUCUUCCGUUUCUCACAUGAAACGUGA